AUGAGUUAAAAUAUCUGCUGGCUUUGCAAGAUACUCAGAGCAGAAACUUACUAGAAGACAGACUACAGUGAUGGAAGCAUAGAAUUCUGGCUUGCUUGUGAAGCUUAUAAGAAGAUCACAUCACAGAGGAAAAGAAUUUCUGUGGCCAGGAAUUUUACAAGUUACAUUCAACCCCAGGUUCCCAAUGAGGUGACAAUCGACAGUCCUGUGAGGAAAGCAAUUAUAAGAUAUAUUCAAGAGCCAAACCGGUCCUGUUUUGAUGAAGCCAGAAUAAUUUACAUGCACACGUAAAAAGAUUCUUAUCCACAAUUUCUUGAAUCCAAGUUUUAUCAAAAACUCGAACACAGCCUUUAAACUAAUG